AUGGGCGCCAGCACGUCCGUGAUCAAGACGCUCGCCGUUCCCGCUGUCGUCUCGCUUAUCCUAUUCCUUCUUUCCACAUACGUCUUGAUUCCCCUCUGGCGCCGCUACGCCCGCUACAGUCAAUACCUCCCCCUCGACUCCCUCUCGUCGCAGACCUUGUCCCUGCGCGAUCGCAUAACCUCGCGCAUCUCUGCCUGGCGCUCGAAUCGCAAUGCUCCAUUUGCGUCCGAUACUGGUUCCGAGGAUGGCUUAGAUGACGAGGACGGAGAGGAACUUGGCCACGUCGACGAGGCUACCUGGCGUCAGAUGGAGGCCGACACUCGCGCGGCACGGCCGGAUAAUACCAGACGAUUGAGUAGAGACCUCGAAGAAGGGUUCAGAGAUGAUAGCGAUGAAGAGUCAGACCGGCUUGCUAGGAAUAAUGUUAGGUCUUGA